UUUAAUGGAUUCUAGGGUUUAUGGCAGUGAGUGGAUGGAUACGGAAGGUGAUCGUUCCGGCGGUGGAGAGGAAGGAUCUGGGAGUAACAGAUUGGAAGAAAAGGGGGAUUUGGAUUCCAUGGCUUUGAAUUCUAGGGUUUACAGCGAUCCCAAUGUGGAGAUCAGCUCAAUACAGAGAAAGGAGGGAGAUUUUGAUCACGAAGGCGCUACUGCGUUGGAAUCAGGAGGAGCUGGGGACGAUGGAUCUUCCGCUGGUGUUUUCGCGCGAGGGGAGAGCAGUGGAACUAGUCCGGUUGAGAUUAUCGGCAGGGGGCGAGCGGCGGUGCUCAAGAGCGUGAUCCACGACGCUGAUUCCAAAUUCGAGGCGGCAUUGGCGAGCCAGGACUCGCUGGCGCUCAGCAUCGAUCGCCUCACUCGAGUGCUCGACAAGUUGCUAGAAGAUACACCGAUGCCUUUUCUCGCUCAAGACUCGGCACGAGUACACGGCCUUCGGAAGAGAGUUUUGUCACUCUCGUCCACCUUGCAGAUCAUCCGGGUCCGGAUGAAGAACAUUGAGAGCGCACUCCUCCACCAAUCAUCCAGAAGCACUUCUCCAACCGCUGCCAAGAACUCUCCAUUAAUUUCCCCAAGGAUCCACUCAAACUCGCCGCCCAAAGUCGCUCAAAGAACCUCGCCAAGAAGAACGCAAAGCUCAUCUUCUCCAAUUCCUCAUUACCAUUUAAUUUGAAUUUAAUUCUUAAGCCUUAGAUUUA